ACAGCACAGACUCGCAGACCGACAAAGCACAGCAAUCCCCCCUUCUGCAUCUCAGUGGCUGUGCGACCCCAGUGAAACACACACACACAACCUGCAGCCAGCCCGGUCACCACAGUGACACACAAACUGCACCCCAAGUCACACACUGUACAACAUAGGCGGCUCCAGCACCAAGAUGUCCAACCGAGCUGUGUGCCGGGAGGCAAGUCAUGCCGGGAGCUGGUACACCGCCUCAGGACCCCAGCUGAGUGCGCAGUUGGAUGGGUGGCUGUCCCAGGCGCAAACAUCUAAAAGACCUGCAAGAGCCAUCAUUGCACCUCACGCCGGAUACACCUACUGUGGGUCCUGUGCUGCUCAUGCCUAUAAACAAGUAGACCCUUCCAUUACGAGAAGAGUCUUUAUUCUUGGUCCAUCCCAUCAUGUAGCCCUCUCUAGAUGUGCACUGUCCACUGUAGAAAUAUAUAGGACACCUCUGUAUGAUCUCCAUAUUGAUCAAAAAGUGUACGGAGAAUUGUGGAAGACGGGGAUGUUUGAGAGAAUGUCUCUGCAGACAGAUGAAGAUGAGCACAGCAUUGAAAUGCAUUUACCAUACACUGCUAAAGCAAUGGAAAGCCAUAAGGAUGAGUUUACCAUAGUUCCUGUGUUGGUUGGAGCCCUUAGUGAAUCAAAGGAACAGGAAUUUGGAAAACUUUUUAGUAAAUACCUAGCAGAUCCCAGUAACCUUUUUGUAAUUUCAUCAGAUUUCUGUCACUGGGGGCAAAGAUUUCGUUACACAUAUUAUGACGAAUCUCAAGGAGAAAUUUAUAGGUCAAUCGAACAUUUAGAUAAAAUGGGUAUGGGCAUUAUAGAGCAACUAGAUCCUGUGCCAUUUAGUAAUUACUUGAAGAAAUACCACAACACUAUAUGCGGAAGACAUCCCAUUGGGGUUUUAUUAAACGCUGCAUCAGAACUCCAGAAAAGUGGAGUUAAUAUGAGCUUUUCAUUUUUGAAUUAUGCCCAGUCUAGCCAGUGCAGAAGUUGGCAAGACAGCUCAGUGAGUUACGCUGCUGGAGCACUCAUAGUGCAUUGAACCACUGAAGUCUCAGGGAUGCCACCUGAAAACACAAUGCUGACACAAACCUUUCCUUUUCUGUCCAUGGGGCCAUUGUCAAGCAGUGGCUUCGUACUGCCCUGCCUUGUGGGUUUAGUGGAGCCUCAAUCUUGUUUAAAUCUUCCCUGUUCCUUUUUUAGUAGGUGUAGUCCUAUCUUGAUUUUUGACUCCAUUGAAAAAUAAAAUGUCUUUCUUGGUUAAGGUAACAGAACCUAAGUUGUGUCGAAGUGUUUGUGAAAGUUGGUGGUGGCAAAUCAUUGAAAAAUGCUAGUUACAUGGGUUAAGUUAGCCUUUACCAUAACCCAAAUUUGCACUCUUUGCAGAUAUGUGCACAUAUAUUCAGCUUUCAGAAUAGUUUUGCAAGUUGUAAAACAGAAAAAGUAUAAAAAAGAGGAGUGGAAGCUUUUUAAUAAUAAAAAAGCAUUUAUAAAUUAUCCUUUAUCCUGUAUUAGAAUAUAAUACAAUUCAUGUAUAGUUGGUUAUUACCAGUGUUGUACAACAAAUACCUUCUAUUUUAGUUGCUAAUAAAGGGCUACACAACCAAA